GGAGGAGGGGAAGGGGGCUUGCCGAGCAAGCGAUGGAUGAGGAAAACAUGACGAAAAGCGAGGAGCAGCAACCUCUGAGUUUGCAAAAAGCCUUACAGCAGUGUGAGUUGGUCCAAAACAUGAUAGACCUGAGCAUCUCCAACCUGGAAGGGCUUAGGACCAAAUGUGCCACCUCCAACGACCUCACACAAAAAGAGAUCCGGACCCUGGAGAGCAAGCUGGUGAAGUACUUCAGCCGUCAGCUGUCCUGCAAAAAGAAGGUGGCCCUUCAGGAGCGCAACGCCGAGUUGGACGGCUUCCCCCAGCUCCGGCACUGGUUCCGGAUCGUCGAUGUGCGCAAGGAAGUCUUGGAGGAAAUCACCCCUGGCCAGCUGAGUCUGGAGGACCUCUUGGAGAUGACAGAUGAGCAGGUGUGUGAGACGGUGGAGAAAUACGGAGCCAACCGGGAGGAGUGCGCCCGUCUCAAUGCCUCCCUGUCCUGCCUCCGGAAUGUCCACAUGUCAGGAGGCAACCUUUCCAAACAAGACUGGACCAUCCAGUGGCCCACCACGGAGACAGGGAAGGAGAACAGCCUUGUGUGCCCCCCGGAGCCCACCCCGUGGAUCCGCACACACCUCUCCCAGAGCCCCAGGGUCCAGACCAAGUGUAUCCAGCACUACUGUCACGCCAGCCCCUCGCCCGGGGCCCCCGUGUACACGCAUGUGGACAGGCUCACCGUGGAUGCCUACCCGGGUCUGUGCCCGCCGCCACCACUGGAGUCAGGCCACCGUUCCCUGCCCCCGUCGCCCCGGCAGCGGCACGCCGUCCGCACCCCGCCGCGCACCCCCAAUAUCGUCACCACCGUGACCCCACCUGGUACACCACCCAUGAGGAGGAAGAACAAGCUGAAGCCCCCGGGGACCCCACCGCCGUCUUCCCGGAAGCUGAUCCACUUGAUUCCAGGUUUCACGGCCCUGCAUCGAAGCAAGUCCCAUGAAUUCCAGCUGGGUCACCGUGUGGAUGAGGCCCACACACCCAAAGCCAAGAAGAAAAGCAAACCCUUGAACCUCAAGAUUCACAGCAGUGUGGGCAGCUGCGAGAACAUUCCCUCUCAGCAGCGCUCCCCCCUCCUGUCGGAGCGCUCCCUCCGCUCCUUCUUUGUGGGACACGCACCUUUCCUGCCUUCCACCCCUCCUGUCCACACGGAGGCCAACUUCUCUGCAAACACACUGUCCGUGCCGCGCUGGUCCCCGCAGAUCCCUCGCAGAGACCUCGGCAACUCCAUCAAGCACAGGUUUUCCACCAAGUACUGGAUGUCUCAGACGUGCACUGUCUGUGGGAAAGGAAUGCUUUUUGGCCUCAAGUGUAAAAAUUGCAAAUUAAAGUGCCACAACAAAUGCACCAAAGAAGCCCCUCCCUGUCAUCUCCUGAUCAUCCACCGAGGGGAUCCAGCAAGGUUAGUCCGAACAGAGUCCGUCCCAUGUGACAUCAACAACCCUCUACGAAAGCCACCCCGGUAUUCGGACCUGCACAUCAGCCAGACGCUCCCCAAAACCAACAAAAUCAGCAAGGACCACAUCCCUGUCCCUUACCAGCCAGACUCUAGCAGCAAUCCCUCAUCCACAACGUCCUCCACGCCCUCCUCGCCAGCACCCCCCCUCCCUCCCAGCGACACCCCAACCAGCCCCCUAACCCAUCCGAGCCCGAUUUGUUAUUCGAAGGGACAGCCCCGGGACAGCACUGACUUUGGUGUUUCCAUUCUUUUGCAAGCGUCCCACUACUACAAAUACAAGCAGCAGUUCAUCUUCCCAGAUGUGGUGCCAGUGCCGGAGACCCCGACCCGGGCGCCCCAGGUCAUCCUGCAUCCAGUGACCUCGAAUCCAAUCUUGGAAGGAAAUCCAUUACUUCAAAUUGAAGUGGAGCCAACCUCAGAGAAUGAAGAGGGCCACGAUGAGGCCGAAGAGUCGGAGGACGACUUCGAGGAGAUGAACCUGUCCCUGCUCUCAGCCCGGAGCUUCCCGCGCAAGGCCAGCCAGACCAGCAUCUUCCUGCAGGAGUGGGACAUCCCUUUUGAGCAACUGGAGGUCGGCGAGCUCAUCGGCAAGGGCCGCUUUGGGCAGGUGUACCAUGGCCGCUGGCACGGCGAGGUGGCCAUCCGGCUGAUCGACAUCGAGAGGGAUAACGAGGAGCAGCUCAAGGCCUUCAAGCGGGAGGUGAUGGCCUACAGGCAGACACGCCAUGAGAACGUGGUGCUCUUCAUGGGCGCCUGCAUGAGCCCGCCCCACCUGGCCAUCAUCACCAGCCUGUGUAAGGGACGGACGCUCUAUUCUGUGGUGAGGGAUGCCAAAAUCGUCUUGGAUGUCAACAAAACAAGGCAGAUUGCUCAAGAAAUUGUGAAGGGCAUGGGCUACCUCCACGCAAAGGGGAUCCUUCACAAGGACCUCAAGUCAAAGAAUGUCUUCUAUGACAACGGCAAAGUGGUGAUCACAGACUUCGGGCUCUUCAGCAUUUCCGGGGUGCUGCAGGCCGGCAGGCGGGAGGACAAGCUACGCAUCCAGAAUGGCUGGCUCUGCCACCUGGCACCAGAGAUCAUCCGCCAGCUGUCUCCCGACACAGAAGAGGACAAACUCCCCUUCUCCAAGCACUCGGACGUCUUUGCGCUCGGCACAAUUUGGUAUGAACUCCACGCCAGGGAGUGGCCUUUCAAGACGCAACCAGCAGAGGCAAUAAUCUGGCAAAUGGGCACAGGCAUGAAACCCAACCUCAGCCAGAUCGGCAUGGGAAAAGAAAUCUCGGACAUUCUUCUCUUUUGCUGGGCCUUUGAACAAGAAGAAAGACCUACCUUCACUAAGCUCAUGGACAUGCUGGAGAAACUGCCAAAGCGGAACCGCCGCCUGUCUCACCCCGGACAUUUCUGGAAGUCUGCAGAGUAG